AUGGGCGACCCUUAUGGAGUACCUAAGCACUCCAUUGGCACAUCCCAGCCUUUCGCAGCUGCACGCAAGCCCAACCACCACCGUCAGGCACACAUAUCGCCCGCAUUGUCUACCGCUGCCUCAACCGCCACCUCCUCCUUUUCAUCGUCUUCCAUCUUGCCCAUCAGCGCAAGCGCUUCACCAUUUAUACCUACAACACUACUCUUCACUACAUAUCAUGACAUACAAGUCGCGAAUAUCACACGUCCGACUGGUAGUCCGCAAAUCGAUGUCAUCGUCAAAGAUCUUACCGAAACGAUGGCCAUUGAUUUCUAUUAUGCGCGUAAUCUAAUUUGCUGGGCCGACUGUGGUCGAGAACUCAUCGAAUGUGUGAACAUUAAUAGUUCGAUGCCAUUAAUGAAAGCACCCAAACAAACUGUGAUAUCUGCGGGUCUCGAUAAGCCCGAAGGACUCGCCAUCGAUUGGUAUACGGAAAAGCUAUAUUGGACGGAUGGCGAGAAAAACCGUAUCGAAGUGGCGACGCUUAAUGGCAAAUAUCAGAAGGUGCUCUUCUGGACGGAUUUGGAUCAACCGCGCGCUAUUGCGGUGGUACCUUCGAAGCGUCUACUCAUUUGGACCGAUUGGGGUGAAUAUCCGAAAAUUGAACGUGCCAGUAUGGAUGGUGAUCCGUUGACACGUAUGACUAUUGUGAAAGAUAACAUUUUCUGGCCCAAUGGCUUGACGGUGGACUUAAAGAAUGAGCUCAUCUAUUGGGCGGACGGUCAUUUGAAGUUUAUCGAUGUGAUGAAAUUGGAUGGCAGCAAUCGGCGCACAGUGGUUGGCACUUUGGAAUAUCCCUAUAGUGUGACGUAUUUCAACAACCGUCUCUUUUGGACCGACUGGUCGAAGGGCGGUUCAUUAAAUACAUUCGAUCUGAAGUCACAUGAGUUGCGUGAGUUAAUCGAUACGCCGGAGGCUCCGAUUUCCGUGCGCACUUGGGACCCUUCACUACAACCGUUCGAGGACAAUCCAUGCCUGCAUAACAAUGGUAACUGUUCGCACCUUUGUUUGCUUUCUACAAAUGCACAGGGCUAUAGCUGUGCCUGUCCGACGGGCGUGAAACUGGUAUCGGAAACAAAUUGCGCGAAUGGCUCACGGGAAAUGCUCUUCAUCGUACAGCGCGGUCAGAUUAGCAAAAUUUCUUUGGACACACCAGACUUCACGAUAUUUCCAUUGCCGCUGGGCAAAGUAAAGUAUGCAAUUGCGAUCGACUAUGAUCCUGUGGAGGAGUAUAUCUACUGGUCUGAUGUGGAGGCCUAUACAAUACGACGUGCGCAUCCAGAUGGUACAGCCAUGCAAGACUUUGUUACGUCUGAAGUGCGGCAUCCUGACGGACUGGCAGUUGAUUGGCUAGCGCGAAACCUCUAUUGGACCGACACAAUAACUGAUCGAGUGGAGGUAUGUCGUUUGGAUGGUACGGCGCGCAAAGUGUUGAUCUACGAAGAUCUGGAAGAGCCACGAGCCAUUGCGCUGGCACCUUCACUUGGAUGGAUGUUUUGGAGUGACUGGAAUGAAAAGAAACCAAAAGUGGAGCGCGCUUCUUUGGACGGUUCGGAGCGUGUGGUGCUUGUCUCCGAAGAUCUUGGUUGGCCAAAUGGUAUUGCUUUGGAUAUUGAAGCGAAAACAAUUUACUGGUGCGAUGGUAAAACGGACAAGAUAGAGGUGGCCAAUAUGGAUGGCUCGGAUAGACGUGUUGUUAUAAGCGAUAACCUGAAACAUUUAUUCGGUUUGAGUUUACUAGAUGACUACCUCUAUUGGACUGAUUGGCAGCGACGCGCCAUCGAUCGCGCGCACAAAAUCACUGGCAACAAUCGAAUAGUCGUCGUUGAUCAAUACCCCGAUCUGAUGGGUCUGAAAGUGACGCGGUUACGCGACGUUAAGGGUUCGAAUUCAUGCGCGGUACGCAACGGCGGUUGCACGCAACUUUGUCUCAAUCGGCCAAGCGACUAUGUCUGUCGAUGUUCCAUAGAGUACGAGCUGGCGAAUGACAAGAAAACAUGCGUCAUACCCGAAGCAUUUUUGCUGUUUUCGCGGCAGGAACACAUCGGACGAAUUUCGAUUGACAACAACGAAGGUAAUCAUAAUGAUGAGAAGAUUCCUUUUAAAGAUGUGCGCGAUGCACAUGCGCUGGAUGUGGAUGUGGCAGACAAACGCAUCUACUGGACUGAUCAGAAGUCGAAAUGUAUUUACCGCGCCUUUUUGAAUGGUUCCUUCGUGCAGCGCAUCAUCGAUGCCGGACUCAUUUGUCCCGAAGGUAUAGCAGUUGAUUGGUUGGCGCACAAUAUUUACUGGACCGACUCUGAAGCGCGACGCAUUGAAGUUGCACGUUUGGAUGGCACCAGUCGACGCGUGCUGCUCUGGAAAGGCGUAGAGGAGCCGCGUUCUUUAGUAUUAGAGCCCAAACGUGGCUAUAUGUACUGGAUCGAGUCGCCUUCGGAUUCGAUAAGACGUGCCGGCAUGGAUGGGUCCGAAUUGCAGACAAUAAUUUCGGGUGCGAAUCAUGCGACUGGACUUACGUUAGAUCCAGAAACGCGGCGUCUCUACUGGGCAACACAAUCGCGACCCACAAAAAUCGAAUCUGCCGAUUGGGAUGGCAAGAAACGCCAGGUGCUGAUCAACACCGAUGUCGACGAGCCCUAUGCAAUGUCGCUCUAUCAGGAUUUUGUCUACUGGAGCGAUUGGAAUACGGGUGACAUUGAACGAGUGCACAAGAUGACCGGACAGAAUCGCAGUCUUGUGCACAGCGGCAUGACUUACAUACGUUCGUUGCUGAUAUUCUACCAAAAUCGUCAGACAGGCAGUAAUCCAUGUAAAAUCAACAAUGGUGGCUGUUCCCAUUUGUGUUUGGCACAACCGACGCGUCGCGGUAUGAUUUGCGCCUGUCCAACGCACUACACUUUGUCCAAGGAUAACAUGUCCUGUCUACCACCCAAGAACUAUAUCAUCUACAGCCAGCGUAAUAGCUUUGGUCGUUUACUGCCGAACACGAGCGACUGCCCGAAUGUGCCAUUGCCGCUAUCGGGCAAGAAUAUACGAGCGGUGGAAUACGACCCGAUUUCACAUAACAUUUACUGGGUGGAAGGACGUAGCCACAGCAUCAAGCACUCACCCGCGAACAGCACUUUUGUGAAGGUUUUGGUAGGCUCGGGUUCGCAGCCCUUCGAUAUUGCAUUGGAUGUGAUUGGUCGUCUACUGUUCUGGACCUGUUCACAUUCGAACAGCAUCAAUGUGACGAGAUUCGACGGUGAUUCCAUAGGUGUCAUAGAUACAGGCGACUCGGAGAAACCGCGCAACAUUGCCGUGCACGCCAUGAAGCGUCUGUUGUUUUGGACCGAUGUGGGUAGUCAGCAAGCCAUCAUACGUUCGCGCAUCGACGGCGCUGAGCGUGUAGUGCUUGCUUUUAAGCUGGAAGGAGUCACAGCGCUUGCAGUGGAUCAACAAAGUGACAUGGUUUACUAUGCGCAUGGCAAGCGCAUUGAUUCGAUGGACAUAAAUGGCAAAAAUAAGAAAAUUCUCGUUUCCACGCACAUUUCGCAAGUCAUCUCGCUCGCCGCAAUUCAAGGUUUCGUCUAUUGGCUGGACGAUAAAACUGGUGUGGAGCGCAUAACCGUAAACGGUGAUGGUCGUCGCCCUGAAAUGCAACGCCUACCACAAAUAACUGACAUUGUGGCCGUUUGGACGCCCGAGUCGAAACUAUUUCGCAAUCAUACUUGUCUACACAGUCGCACCAUAUGCUCGCAUAUUUGUAUUGCUUCAUCGGAGGGACGCGUACGUGAUAUCUGCUCUUGUCCGAAGAAUCUUAUGUUGCUUGAGGACAGACAGAAUUGUGGCGCCUUACCUGCUUGCGGGCCGGAUCAUUUCACUUGUGCGGCGCCUGUUAAGGGCGAUGGCUCUAGCAGUGAUAUCAAUAAAGAUUGUAUACCAGCAUCAUGGCGUUGCGAUGGCCAGAGUGAUUGUCCCGAUAAAUCGGAUGAAGUGGGCUGUCCCUCAUGUCGACCCGAUCAGUUUAGCUGUCAGUCGGGCGAAUGCAUCGAUAAGGCGCUGGUGUGUGACGGCACUACGAAUUGUGCAAAUGGUCAUGAUGAGGCGGACUGCUGCAAGCGGCCGGGCGAGUUUCAGUGUCCCAUCAAUAAGCUCUGCAUCUCGGCCACACUACUGUGCGACGGUUGGGAUCACUGCGCCGAUGGUGCUGACGAAUCGGCCGAAAUGUGCUCACAAGCGAAUACCCGUCGCAUGGCGCCCGCCUCGGAUAAGAAGGCCUUCAUGAUUCUCAUCUUUGCCACCAUCGUCAUUAUCUUCUCCAUUGUCUAUCUGCUACAGGUCUGUCGCACACGUAUCGGCAAAAGUCGCAACGAACCCAAAGACGAUCAGGCAUCUGAUCCCCUUUCGCCGUCGACACUCUCUAAAUCACAGCGUGUUUCGAAAAUCGCCUCAGUUGCCGAUGCGAUGCGCAUGUCCACAUUGAAUUCGCGCAACAGCAUCAAUUCUUAUGAUCGCAAUCACAUCACUGGCGCCUCCAGUUCCACCACGAAUGGCAGCAGCAUGGGCGCCUACCCCAUCAAUCCGCCACCCUCGCCUGCGACGCGCUCGCGGCGUCCCUAUCGUCAUUAUCGCAUCAUUAAUCAACCACCGCCGCCGACGCCCUGUUCGACGGACAUUUGCGAUGAGUCCGAUUCGAAUUAUACCAGCAAAUCGAACAGCAAUAACAGCAAUGGCGCCACCAAAAUUUCCUCAUCGUCAGCGGUGAUUUGCAUGCAAUAUCAAUAUGAUAGUGAACCAUAUCCACCACCGCCAACGCCACGCUCGCACUACCACAGCGAUGUGCGAAUAGUGCCGGAAUCGUCGUGUCCGCCAUCACCAUCAUCGCGUUCAUCGACGUAUUUCUCACCGCUGCCGCCGCCACCAUCGCCUGUGCAAUCACCCAGUCGUGGUUUCACGUAACAUUUCGAGAUUUACUUGUAAAAAAUAAUUCUAAGUCUGUGUGUGUGUAUGCGCAAGUGUACGUGUAGUGGUGUGACUGUGAGAAUAGUUAGUUUAUCAUUUAGUAUUGAGAUAAUUGUGUGCGCUCGAGAAUCAGAUUAGUAUUAAAAAUUGUGGAUGAAUGUAGAUUUGUUCUUUUGCUGAGAUUUUCAGCUGUUUAGUUCUAAAAUAUAACUAUGUAAUUAAGUUUAAUGCCAAUUGCAAUGACGACGUAACGUUCAUAUCAAGAAAAAAAUGCUUCCGUAUGUUUACUUAUCGUUAUUUAUUAAAGAGUGUCCUUAAGUCUAAGUGUAGUGAGAUAGGUACUUAAAAUUAUACUUCUAUUGUACAUGUGGCAAGCUAGAUAUAUGUAUGUAUAUCGUGUCGAUUUAGUGAACGUUUCCAAAAGCUUCCAAGCCAUAAGCAA